UGAGUUUAAAAAACGACAUAGUGGUAGUAUAGAGAGAGUAUCGAAGUAUCGGAUACACAAGUAUCGGAUACGGGUACGGCUGGGUUAGUGAAGUAUCGGUGAUUCAUAGCCUAUAAUUCGUGCAUUAUUCCUGGCUGUUAAGCUCGUGGGCGAAGGAAUUUUCGUACGGUACAAGAACAUCAGCAGCAGAGCCUGCGGCAGGAGGAGAAUCCCAAGUACUCGCACAAACCACUCGGGCUUCGCAAAGCUGGGGCGGCGCCGGAUGCCAAUCCCUCCAGCGCUUCUCCAGCUAAUUCCUCCCGGCAUUUAACAUGGCAGUCCAGUUCAAAUCAAACUGCAGAAGCAGCACAGGCAGCUCGUGAGGGCUGAGGCAGAGAGCGACAAGGACUGGGACGCUCGACGCGAUCUCGUCCUGGUAUCAUGGCGCUGGUAUGCUAACAACAUGGGGAAAAGAAAAUGCAGCAAGAGGACAGGACAGGAGGGCUUGGCCGGGUGGGGUCGACGAGCAGCAGCAGCAAGCGGGUUGAAUGAGGACUGAAGCAGCAGGAUCUGGCUUUCACGUGGCCGCCCUUUCUGCCCUCGGCUCCUCCCUCCCUCGCUUACCAUGGCAGAAAUCAGGAUUGCAGGUUGCAAGGCCCAAGGCGGCUGCCCCACAUGUCCCCCCCUGCGACCAUCUCUUUGUUAAGUAUACCGGUUAGGGCUUGUGGCUUGGCACUUGGCAGCAUCCAGGUAUAUUUUUGAGCUCAACACACACUAUCAUGUGAGGUGAGGUGAGUAGGUGACUGCUGCAAGCCGGCGACGUUGCACGCAAGACUUCUGUUACAUUUUAUCUCCUAUGUCAGUCCAAAAAAAAAACCGAAUACCCCUUCUUAUUUCUAUAAAUUUCUAGUGAAGUAAAAAAGGUAGAUGCGGUAACUGAAGAAUGUAUGUACUGCAGUAGUGAAAAGAGAGGAGAUGGUUCGAGUGACGCCAGUAAUGCACUUCACGGGUGGCCGUCACGGUCUCACGGACAAAACCGGCUCCUGUGGUCAUCAACCCAUGCUUCUUUUCGAGGCGCCGGCACUCCUCUCCCAUACUCCCACAGAGAGCGUGCGUGCUCCAAUUCAGCACCAACCUCGCCUCACCUUCACUCCCCCAGACAGAGGCGCCCGGCACCUUCCGCUUCAAGCCUCCUCCACUUCAGCAGCCCGUCGCCCGCGCCCUCCCCUGCCGCGCGAACACAAAAGCAGAGCCGCACGCAGGAAGCGGCCGACUCCGCCGCCACACGCUGCAGAUUACUAGAAGCUAGCAAGAGCCCAACCCCAAGCCAGGCAUCACACGCGUAUCCACCCGGAUAGGGGAAGGAUCGGAGAAUGGCUGCGCAGGCCAUGGAAUGCAGGGUGAAUGGUGGGGGUGGGGAGGGCGGUGGUGGUAUGAGGACGGUGGAGUGCCUGAGAGGCAGGCUGCUCGCGGAGAGGGUGGCAUCCAAGGCUGCCAAGGAGGAGGCCGACCAACUGGCCAAAAGGCUUGACGAGCUGGAGAAGAAGCUCGCUGACGAGGUAAAGGUGAGGAACAAGGCUGAGAGGAGGCUCAGAAGGGCCAUCAAGAAGCUCAAGUCCCUCAAGAUUCUGGACGUGGAGCUCUCGGACGGCUCCAUCAGCUCGCUAUCCUCCAAUGGCCGCUCCGGUCACCAGGCUCCAGAGGUGGAGAGGAGCAGCCCUGGCUCGUUGACCACUGAUGAUUCCGUGCCUUCCGGUUCUCAAGGAGGUGGCGAUGCCGACGCCGACAGCGCCAAGGACUCCUCCGCCGAUUCCUGCACUCAAGGGAACUCCCAGGACGGGAGCUGGUGCUCCGUUGUGUCCGAGCAAUCCCCGGCUGGUGCUUGCAUGGAUCUUGCCGGCACGAACAACAGCAACAACUCUGAGGAGAGGGCUGGCGAUCAUGAUUCGGAGAGGCAACACCUUGAUGCAUCCAGUGGCUGUGGCCUAGCGAAAUCCGAAGCAGAAUCAUUCCACGACAGCGACGACAGGCUAGCGCUUGUGCUGCUAGACCCCCAGCUCGUUGCACAAGCGGACGGUGGCUCAAGAACGGAGGACAACGACGCGCAAACGGCAGAGCUCCAUGCCGCGACUCAAGACGAGGAAGCACAGCAGGAAGAAGAGAACAACAAGCUCGCCAUCGUUCUGGCCGACCCCCAGCCCCAGCCGGCCGCCGCCGUGGGAGCCGGCGCGCCGAAGCCGCACGCCGACGUGGAGUCCGUUCUCCUGGCGCUGCGGCGGGUCAAGGAGCAGCUGCGCUACACGAUUGAGCGGCGGUCGGAGCUCGUCGCGCACCGCGAGCUCUACGGCCACUAGGGUUGAAAAUGGGACGGGAAAAUCCCGUCCCGACCGGCUCCGUUUACCGUUUAAACCGAUCGUAAACCGUUUCCGCGAAAAAAAUGGGAAAAUGGGAAAACAAAACGGGAAAACGGGCGGGAACGGGAACGAGAACAGUUGGGGUGUUUUCCCGACCGUUUUCACGGUUCCCGUUUUCAGCCGGGAAAAUUCCCGCGGGAAUUCCCGUAUUU